UAGGCUAGUGGGAAGCAUCUUUUCCGCUUCCUUUCUCAUCUCCUAAAGAGUACGUGCAUUAGUAGACUUUUAAGUCUUGAAACAAAUCCAUUACCAUCAUCCAAAAUGAGAGUUUACAAGUGUAUCGUUACUGGAGAUGAACUUUUCACAGAUACUUACCCAAUAGAACUAAAGGACGGCCUGUACAAAAUUAAAGGAAAAUAUGUCACUCGUUCAGACAAGGUUGAUGAUUCUUUACUUGGUGCUAAUCCCAGUGCUGAAGAGCAAGAGGAAGGUGCAGAUGAAAACUCCACAUCUGGCAUUGAUGUUGUGCUAGAUAACAGGCUUAUGCCUACUGCUUUUGGGUCAAAGAAAGAAUUCCAAGCAUAUUUUAAGGAUUUUGUCAAACGUAUAGAAGAGAACAAGAAGGAGAAUGAUGCUAAAUUUGAUGUUGACGCAUGGCGGAAAGAGAUUCAAAACACAUUCAAGAUAGUUUGUGCAAAUUUCGACUACGAGUUUUACACAGGAUCUUCUAGUAAUCCUGAUGGAAGCAUUGCCUUAGUCAGAUGGGAAGCCCCAGCUGGUGAAACAGAUGAAAUACCCUUUGUGUAUUUCUUUGCUGAUGGUGUUAAAGAAGAGAAAGUUUAACAGUAGUCAACCAAGAGCAUGCUCAUGAUGGCCACAAACAGCUGAUAAACAAAUUUUUACAAUGAAAACGAAUUUUGGGAUCUAUUUUUGUGGUCACAGACUGACAGUAUACAAAAUAUUUAGGCAUGAACUACUAUAUAUAUUUGUACAGGAUAUUUAUUGUGGUCAGUUUCUGUAUAAAUAAAUGACUAUACUAAAAUUGC